AUGCAUGCUCCACACAAUCAGCAACCCGAAAGACCAAACGAACACAACAACGAUGACGACGACGCAGAUGAAGAGUUGGAACGCCUCACCGAUGAAUACUACGAUCGGAUGUACAAGGAAAAUGUCCACAAAUAUCUCAAAGAGCGAGAGGAAUUUAUGAAAGCACAAAAACAGCAACACACGGAUGUCUACGAAAACUAUGAGCCUUCGGAAAAGAAAACAAAAGAACACUAG